AUGAAUGGAUACGGAUCCCACACUUUCAAACUGGUCAAUGUUGCUGGAGAACCCGUUUACUGCAAAUUUCAUUACAAGACUAACCAAGGCAUCAAAAACCUGACGGUGGAAAAAGCUGGAAAACUGGCUUCGGAAGACCCGGAUUAUUCAAUCCGUGAUUUGUACAACGCGAUUGAAAACGGAGAUUUUCCGAGUUGGACCUUUUAUUUCCAGAUUAUGACGUUCAAAGAAGCAGAGAAACAUCGCUGGAAUCCCUUUGAUGUCACUAAGGUUUGGUCGCAUAAGGAAUUCCCCUUAAUCCGCGUUGGUCGUCUGGUGCUUAAUCGGAACCCGAAGAAUUAUUUCGCAGAAACUAACCAAGGCAUCAAAAACCUGACGGUGGAAAAAGCUGGAAAACUGGCUUCGGAAGACCCGGAUUAUUCAAUCCGUGAUUUGUACAACGCGAUUGAAACCGGAGAUUUUCCGAGUUGGACCUUUUAUUUCCAGAUUAUGACGUUCAAAGAAGCAGAGAAACAUCGCUGGAAUCCCUUUGAUGUCACUAAGGUUUGGUCGCAUAAGGAAUUCCCCUUAAUCCGCGUUGGUCGUCUGGUGCUUAAUCGGAACCCGAAGAAUUAUUUCGCAGAAGUUGAGCAAUUGGCGUUCGCUCCUUCAAAUUUGGUGCCUGGGAUUGAACCAUCCCCUGACAAGAUGUUACAGGCCAGGUUAUUCAGCUACGCGGACACUCACAGGCACAGACUGGGGCCGAAUCAUUUGCAAAUCCCGGUUAAUUGCCCCAUGAACUCCCGCCAUUGGGGCAAUUAUCAGCGUGACGGAUUCAUGACUGUGACCGACAACCAAGGCGGGGCCCCGAACUAUUUCCCAAAUAGUUUCUCAGGGCCGGUUGAAUCGGAAAAGCAUCUUGAUUCAAAGUUCAGCGUUUCUGGAGACGUUGCGAGGCACGAAUCCGCGAAUGAAGACAAUUUCACGCAAGUUGGCACAUUUUACAACGACGUUUUAAACGCGGACGAGAGACUUCGUCUAGCGAGGAAUAUUGCUGGUCACGUGAUUGACGCACAGGAUUUCAUUCAGGUGAUUCUCGUUUUCUUGGCCACUGCGACCGGAAGACCCAUUGUGAACAAGAAUGCGUCCGUGACAGUCGGUCCUCGAGGACCACUUCUGCUUCAGGACACUGUCCUCUUGGACGAGAUGAGCCACUUUGACAGGGAAAGGAUUCCAGAACGGGCCGUGCACGCGAAAGGAGCCGGGGCUUUUGGCUAUUUCGAAGUAACGGAUGACAUUCGCCAGUACACGAAUGCAAGUGUGUUCUCGGCUAUCGGGAAAAGGACUUCUGUAGCUGUUCGAUUCUCGACGGUCGGUGGGGAAAGUGGUUCUGCUGACACCGUCCGGGAUCCUCGGGGAUUUGCUGUCAAGUUCUACUCGGAAGAUGGCAAUUGGGAUCUGGUGGGAAACAACACUCCCAUCUUCUUCAUCCGAGAUGGGAUCCUGUUUCCCUCUUUUAUUCACACGCAGAAGCGCAACCCCCAGACUCACCUCAAGGAUGCAGACAUGUUCUGGGACUUUUUGUCGUUGCGGCCCGAGUCAACGCAUCAGGUUUCGUUCUUGUUCUCGGACCGGGGAAUCCCUGAUGGGUAUCGUCACAUGAAUGGAUACGGAUCCCACACUUUCAAACUGGUCAAUGCUUCUGGGGAUCACGUUUACUGCAAGUUCCACUUCAAGACGGAUCAAGGAAUUCAAAACCUGCUGCCAGAUGCCGCUGCUGAUGUGGCGCGAGACGAUCCUGAUUACGGAAUCCGCGACUUGUUCAAUGCCAUCAGCAAUGGACAAAACCCGUCCUGGACGUUGAACAUCCAAGUGAUGACGCAAGCACAAGCUGAAUCUCUCCCAUGGAACCCGUUUGAUGUUACUAAGGUGUGGCCUCAUGCAGAUUUCCCUCUGAUUCGCGUUGGAAAGAUGGUGUUGGACAGGAAUCCCGAGAAUUACUUUGCUGAGGUCGAGCAAUUGGCUUUUAACCCAGCGAAUAUGAUUCCAGGUGUCGAAGCUUCUCCUGACAAGAUGCUUCAGGCUCGCUUGUUCAGUUACGGAGACACGCAGCGCCACAGGCUGGGGCCGAAUCACCUUCAGAUCCCAGUGAACUGUCCCAUGAAUGCCAGGACAUGGGGUCAUUAUCAGCGUGAUGGCUUCAUGGCUAUUAAUGGGAAUCACGGCAAUGCCCCGAAUUACUUUCCCAACAGCUUCUCUGGACCGUCGCCUUCCUCGAACCAGUUGCAUCUUGAGUCAACUUUCCCUGCUUCUGGUGAUGUUGCGAGGUACAAUUCUGGAGAAGAUGAUAACUUCAGUCAGGUGACGAAUUUUUGGAGAGACGUGUUGACUGCCGAGGAGCGACAGCGACUGGCUAGCAACAUCGCCGGCCAUCUUGGGAAUGCGCAGGCUUUCAUCCAGCAACGGGCGAUUGCGAACUUCUCCCAAGUCGACCCAGAAUACGGUCAGAUGAUUUCCGAUGGGAUCAAGAAGUUGCAGAAAAUGCGAGGCAUUCACAACUGGGAACAAACAACAAACGUGUGCUGCUUGGCGGAAUCGAAUAUA